AUGGGAAAUGCUCAUUCGGGUGCCACUACUUCAAAAUCAUCGAAAGGGAAGUUGGGAAGACAGAGAAGACUCUCAGAUCCGAGUCAGAAUCAGAAUGUGAAGGUGAGGUGAUCUCGAAUUCUUCAUUAAUUAGAUUAAUUGUUAACUAAAUUGAAUCGUCGUACUUCGCUUUGGAACUUUCAUUUACCAGAGAGUUCUUCGUGCACUCUAGGUAGUUAAAGUGAACCUGGUGAUCAAGUUCUUUUUGAACGGGUAAGCUUAUGUGCUCACAGAGCUUCAACCUCGUUCCGUGUCCUUCUACGAAUGCGCAUGCUUCUACGACACCUCCAACUAUUCAAAUAAACGGAAAGGAGAGCUUUGACGAUUUCGAGCACGGACAGCUGAGAGCUAAAAGUGCGAGUACGGUACGGUGGCCUCGCAGACUCAAUGCAUCCCUUUUCUUCAGGAUUUCUCGACACUCUGCUCCACUUCCACGUCGUGCUCAUCAAUCAAGACCAGCGCAUCGGCACGUCGCAAAAUAUUCCUGACCUCUUCAAUGAACCAGGACUACAUGGUCAGAAGUCUCGACGAUUCGAUGACAGCCAAGAUGAGCACUAUGAUCAGGACCAAGUCACAUUCACCAUUGAAGCAGAUGAGGACGUAUUCGUUCCGAUCUAUUCCGAGUGAAGAAAAUUUGAUCGACAAAGAAGUUUGAAGACGUUCAGUCUACAUUAAUCCAAAAGAUUUUUUUAAGAGUUGUGAGCAGGUCACAGAGUCUUGGAAAAUGGUCGAGUCCCGUUCCGCUUCCGCGGUUCCUUCCGGCUGCUUUGGAAUCUUCGUUUUCCGUCGCGUCUUUACGAAAAUCCCGAUAUUUCGUUUAGUUUUCGGACUCUCCGAUUCUGAAAAUGUGUUCGAUCUUCCGGAUUCACAUCAAGUUCUCCGUCACGCGCGUCUUUUCACCAACAUCUUGCACAUUUCCGUAAAGAACAUUGAAGAGCUCGAAGCGCAAGUAGCUCCAACCGUUUUCAAGUACGGCGAACGCCAUUAUAGACCUGAUAUUGUGAGUUCAAUUUUUUGAGUUGACUAUUUAUAAUCGUUAGUUUUCUCUAUCAGGCGCCGCACAUGACCGAAGAGAACGUUCGAAUUUUCUGUGCUCAGAUUGUAUGUACAGUUUUUGACUUUCUUCGCGAAGCUGAAGCCAGUCCGAAAUGUGCAGAAUCGUGGAUUGAGUUGAUGAGGUAACUACAGCAAUCCAAAAAAAAAACAAACGACAGCCUUUAACUUCAGAUAUUUGGGCCAAAAGUUAUUGGAUGGUUUCGAUUUUGCGAAGCUGACAGCGGAACGGAAGAUCUCAAUCAAUCGAAAUGAUCAUCACCUAUUUCUUAUGUUGUGA